AUGUUUAUAAUUACGUCACACGUAUUCAAGUCUAAUAAUUUUUCAAAGGAGGUUUUCAUCGUUAGUGCAGUCAGAACCCCUAUUGGUUCUUUUCAAGGAUCACUUUCUUCUAUGACCGCAACGAAAUUGGGAGCGUGUGCUUUGAAGUCCGCAUUGGAUAAAGCAGGAUUACAGAAAGAUGAAAUUCCUGAGGUGUACAUGGGCCAGGUAGUUCAAGCUGCUUGCAAACAGAGUCCAGCACGUCAAGUUGCAUUAUUUGCGGGAUUGAGUGAGUCAACGGAAGCGACAACAGUGAACAAAGUAUGCGCCUCAGGAAUGAAAGCCGUCAUGCUAGCUGCCCAAAAUAUUAUGUGCGGACACCAGGAUGUGAUGGCAGCUGGUGGUAUGGAAAGCAUGUCCAAUGUUCCAUUCUACAUGCGUCGAGGCAACACGGUUUAUGGGGGCAUGCAAUUAUAUGAUGGCAUUGUUUAUGAUGGCCUAACAGAUGUCUAUAACGACAUACACAUGGGUGUUUGUGCUGAGAAUAUUGCUAAGGUUUUGAAUAUAUCGCGAGCUGAACAAGAUGAAUAUGCUAUUAAUAGCUACAGAAAAAGUCAUGAAGCUGGUCAAAAAGGUAUUUUUAAAAAAGAAAUCGUCCCAGUUGUCGUCAAAGAUAAAAAAGGGAAAGAGUUGACGGUCGACACAGAUGAAGAGUACAGCAAAUUUGAUGUGGAUAAGUUUAAACUUUUAAAGCCUGCAUUCAGGAAAGAUGGAACUGUAACAGCUGGAAAUUCAAGCACUCUUAAUGAUGGAGCAUGUGCUUUGAUUCUCCUUUCUGAAGGCCAACUUAAGUCGCGCAAGCUAAAUCCUUUGGCCAGAAUUGUUGGUUUUGCUGAUGCAGCUACUAACCCCAUCGACUUUACAAUUGCCCCUUCAUUUGCAAUUCCCAAGUUGCUCAAGACUACUGGCUGGAAAAUAAAAGACAUCAAUAGAUGGGAAAUUAAUGAGGCAUUUAGUGUUGUAGCCUUGGCUAACAUAAAGAAGUUGGGAUUAGACCCAACAUUGGUAAACGUUAAUGGUGGUGCAGUCAGCAUAGGUCACCCUAUCGGAAUGUCUGGAGCACGGAUUAUAGCUCAUUUGGUGCACAAUCUCAAAGCGGGAGAAAAAGGUGUUGCAGCCAUAUGCAAUGGUGGAGGUGCAGCGUCAUCAAUACUAAUUGAAAAAUUAUGA